AUGGCCAGAACUGUGGAGUGUCGAGACAAGCCGUUUGAUCCAAACAACCAAUUGAACAUCCUGAUAACGUUGAAAGAAUCAGACACAGGCUCGAGUGUUACGAUAACGAUGCCCAAAGAGUUGGUAGAAGCCAACUUGUUUCCUUGGUGGAGUAAAGAUCGUUGUGCAGCAUUGUCACGACAUAACGCGGUGGAGUUCGUUGAUCUGUUCGAUUACGAUUCAAAGAUCACAACAACUCAUACCCUGAGAAGAGAACGUGAUGGAAAUUUCAAGUUUUGCGGUUGGGGUUCCAUCCUCGCAAAAAGAAGUUUCAAGACUGGCGAUAUUAUUGGGUUUUGGUGGGAUAAAUAUCACGAUAGACUCAAUUUUGAACUACUCAUGGUUGCUUAG